AUGUAUCUUAUUGUGCUCGAUGAAUCCAUGGGUUGCAUUCUUGGUCAACAAGACGAGACAGACAUUGAGUAUCACACCCAAAAAGCCAUCAAAGGAAGUAUCCUCGCUGAUUAUUUGGCACAUCAUCCUGUUAAGGAUCCUCAAGCUGAGCAGUUCGACUUUCCUGAUGAAGACAUCAUGGCUUUGAGAAUGAAAGACAGUGAUGAGUCGCUUAUUGAAGAAGGUCCCGAGCCUGGAUCCAUUUGGGGUUUAGUAUUCGAUGGUGCUGUCAACGUAUAUGGACAUGGAAUAGGCAUUGUAAUUAUUACUCCUCGAGAAGUGUUCGGUGACUCGGCUCUUUUCAUCAAUCAGAUUAAAGGAGAGUGGGAAACUCGUCAUCCGUGUUUAAUCCUAUACAGAGAUUAUUCCAGAAGAUUGUCUACUUUCUUUACCAAAGUAGAAUUCCAUGACAUCCCUCGAGACGAGAACCAGAUAGCAGAUGCUCUUGCUACGCUGUCUUCCAUGUAUAUGGUGAAUUUUCAUAGAGAAGUUCCCUCCAUUCCUAUCCAUAUCCGUGAUAAACCUGCCUAUAUCUUCAAUGUUGAGGCUGUGUCAGAUGAGAAAUCGUGGUUCUUUGAUAUAAAGUGUUUUCUUGAGAAGCAAGAAUACCCGCUUGGGGCAUCUAACAGAGAUAACAAAUCUUUGAGGUGGUUGUCGGCUAAUUUAUUCUUGAAUGGUGAUGUGCUCUACAAAAGAAACUUUAACAAGGUCUUUCUCAGAUGCGUGGACAGACACGAAGCAUAUAUGUUAAUGGUGAGAGUACAUGAAGGAUCUUUUGGCACGUACACUAAUGGACAUUCUAUGGCAAGAAAGAUACUCAGAGCUGGUUAUUAUUGGUUAACUAUGGAGUUUAAUUGUUACAAAUAUGCUAGAAAAUGCCAUAAAUGUCAGAUAUAUGCAAAAAGGGUGCACGUGCCUCCUACACCUUUGAAUGUGAUCUCUUCACCUUGGCCCUUUGGAAUGUGGGGCAUUGAUAUGAUCGCCGCAUCAUAUGCAAAUGUUACCAAGUAUAUGGUAGUCAAGUUCUUGAAGAAUAAUAUCAUCAGUAGGUAUGGUGUAUCGAGCAAGAUCAUCACAUAUAAUGGGUCUAAUUUGAAUAACAACCUUGUCACUGAAAUGUGCAAAGAAUUCAAGAUUGAGCACCACAAUUCCUCUCCUUAUAGACGCAAGAUGAAUGGGGAAGUUGAAGCUACAAAUAAGAAUAUCUAG